UUCCCGCAGGCAAAGAAGAGAAGAGAGGUGAGAGGCGAGAGGCGAGAGGCGAGAAGAAUGGACAUUCUCAUGCGGAGAAUUGUUCCCCUGCUUUUUCUUUUCGCCUCCAUCAUUCUCUGCUUGAAAGCCUCUCACAAGGUUUCGGUGCAGCAGCUUCUCAAUUUCUCCUUUCCCUCUUUGUCCUUUUUAUAUCAAAGUCAGCAAACGGAUAGCGGUUGCAGCCUUCUGCCAUAUGAUGAAUACUGGAUACGCAGCAAUCGUAUUGUCACUUCCGAAGGAGUCUUUUCUGGCGCAGUUGAGGUGAAGAGUGGGAGAAUCGCCUCGGUGGUUAGCGAUGAUUUUGAGGCCGGCCAGUUUCUUGGGAAGCAUGUUGUGGACUUUGGAAAUGCUGUUGUAAUGCCUGGAUUAGUUGAUAUACAUGUUCAUCUUGAUGAACCUGGAAGGACUGAGUGGGAAGGAUUUUCUGCGGGGACGAAAGCAGCAGCUGCUGGUGGUGUAACAACCGUAAUUGACAUGCCUCUUAACAGUAUUCCUUGCACUGUAUCCGUGGAAGCGCUGAACCUUAAGGUCAAGGCAGCUAAGGAGAAAAUCUAUGUUGAUGUAGGGUUCUGGGGAGGUCUUGUACCUGAGAAUGCCUUAAAUGCAACUGCUUUGGAUAGUCUUUUAAGUGCUGGAGUACUUGGGCUAAAGUCAUUUAUGUUGCCUUCUGGAAUAAAUGAUUUUCCAAUGACAAACAUAACCCAUAUCAAGGAAGGAUUGCAUACUUUAGCUAAGUAUAAAAGGCCUCUGCUUAUCCAUGCAGAGGUAAAUGUUGGGUCUGAAAGUGAUGAUGAAACUAGACACCGCGCUUCAGAUCCUAGAUCUUAUUCAACAUAUCUUAAGUCUAGGCCAGCAUCCUGGGAGAUCGAGGCUAUUAGAGAGUUGCAAACAGCAAUGGAGGAUACAAAAGUAGGAGGCCGUGCAGAAGGUGCUCAUGUUCACAUUGUUCAUUUGUCAGAUGCAGAAACUUCACUAAACCUCAUCAAGGAUGCCAAAAGUUCUGGAGCUAGCGUCAGUGUGGAAACAUGUGCCCACUACUUGGCAUUCUCGGCAGAGGAAAUUCCAGAUGGGGAUACUCGAUUUAAAUGUGCUCCUCCCAUACGUGAUGAAGCCAAUAGGCAAAAGUUGCGGGAGGCUCUUCUGGAGGGCCACAUUGACAUGCUAAGUUCUGACCAUUCACCAUCAACACCGGAACUUAAACUUUUGAAGGAAGGUGAUUUCUUAAGGGCAUGGGGAGGAGUAUCUUCUUUGCAGUUUGAUCUUCCUGCUACUUGGACUUAUGGACAAAAAUAUGGAAUAACGUUGAGCCACUUAGUUAAAUUGUGGAGUGAGAAACCAGCUAAGUUUGCAGGCCAAGAACAUAAGGGGGCCAUUGUGACUGGAAAUGAUGCUGACUUUGUGGUUUGGGAACCUGAAGUGGAAUUUGAUCUUGACGAUAACUAUAAAGUAUUCAGUAAGAAUCCGAGUAUUUCAGCCUACAUGGGAAAAAGGCUUUCAGGAAAAGUACUGGCUACUUUUGUCAGGGGAAAUCUUGUUUUCAGUGAUGGAAUACAUUCCCCAAAACCUUGUGGCGAAACAAUUUUUGCCAAAUAAACAGCAGCCACAGGAUGCAGCCAAGUAGAAUUCGUAGGGAGCUGAUUUGUCAGUAAGACCGGGUACCCCUAAGAAUAAAGCAGAUCAGGAAAGCUGAAUCAUCAUGCUCAGAGCAAAGCAAAUUGUGAUUCUUCUGCGUAAGAUUCUGCCUAAUUAGUUUGUGAAAUUAUUUUCAAGUGUCUAAUGCAUGCCUAUUGUAAAAUGUCCUUUAAAUUACCAAAAAUCAAAUCUGGUAGUCUUCGUUGGAAUCCUAAACUAUGUGUGUUGAUGUUGUUUGUAAUGUAACUUGCCUAUGAUGAUGGUUUCUUAUGAGAAUGAGAUGUUUUCUUUAGUGUUAUGAUUA